ACCAAUUCAAACUAUUUCUUAUAUCUUUCUUAUACGAUGUCAUCAUCAUCCUUAGACGAUUCUGCUUCUGAAUUCAUAAUCAACCAUCUCACAAGUAAUUCUACAUUUCAACUAUAUAAGGAGCUAAAAUGUUUGGAAGCAGAACAGUCAGAUGCUGAAAGUUCAAGACGUCCUGGGCAAAGUCGAAGAUAUAUAGAUAGAAAUCGUGAAGAAGGGCAUAAACGUCUUUGGAAAGACUAUUUCGAUGAGCAUCCUGUUUUCCCACCUCAAACGUUUAGACGAAGAUUUCGAAUGAGGCGAGAACUAUUUGUUCAAAUAGUUAACGGUAUCUCUAACCAUUCUAUUUAUUUUCAACAAAGAAAAGAUGCUUUAGGAAACAAUGGUCUUUCCCCUUUACAAAAAUGCACUGCUGCCAUACGCCAGUUGGCAUAUGGCACAACUGGUGACCUCUUUGAUGAAUACAUACGAAUUGGUGAAUCAACUUCAAUCGAAUGUCUACAAAACUUUUGUCGAUGCGUGAUUGAGGUUUAUUCAAGCCAUUAUUUGAGAAAACCAAAUGCUAAUGACAUCCAAAAUUUACUACAAACACAUUCAGAAAAGCACGGGUUUCCUGGUAUGCUUGGAAGUAUUGAUUGCAUGCAUUGGCCUUGGAAAAAUUGCCCGGUUGCAUGGCAAGGUCAAUAUACUCGAGGUGAUCAAGGUUGUCCAACAAGUAUGUUGGAAGCAGUUGCAUCACAAGACCUUUGGAUAUGGCAUGCAUAUUUCGGGGUUGCCGGGUCUAACAAUGACAUUAAUGUACUUAACCAGUCACCGUUAUUCAAUGAUGUAUUACAAGAUGGUAUAUAUCCUGAAUGGGCUACAAUGGUUAAAAGUUUUCCACAUCCGGCCGACCCAAAAAGGAUCAAGUUUAAAGAAAUGCAAGAGGCUGCAAGAAAGGAUGUGGAGAGAGCAUUUGGUGUUCUGCAAUCUCGUUGGGCAAUUGUACGAGGUCCAGCAAGAUCGUGGCAACUUAAAAACAUAAAGGAUAUAAUGUAUACAUGCAUUAUAUUACAUAAUAUGAUCGUAGAAAAUGAAGGAAAUGCAAUUAGUAAUUGGUCAGAUGAUGUUGAUCCUCCUAUACGUGUGAAUCGAGGACCUGUCGAAGAAGUUCAAUAUCAAAUUCAAAGAAACUCUGAACUACGCGAUAAUGCCGUACAUCAUGCUCUUCGACAUGAUUUAAUGGAGCAUAUUUGGGAACGUUUUAUUAAUAUGUAAUAUUACUAUGUUGUAUUAUAAUAAAUAAGAUGUUAUUUUUUUAAAA